AUGAAGACUGGGCAAGCCACCUCCCAACUCCACCCCGUACAGAGUACAAGCCACCUCUCAACUCCACCCCGUACAGAGUACAAGCCACCUCCCAACUCCACCCCGUACAGAGUACAAGCCACCUCUCAACUCCACCCCGUACAGAGUACAAGCCACCUCUCAACUCCACCCCGUACAGAGUACAAGCCACCUCCCAACUCCACCCCGUACAGAGUACAAGCCACCUCUCAACUCCACCCCGUACAGAGUACAAGCCACCUCUCAACUCCACCCCGUACAGAGUACAAGCCACCUCCCAACUCCACCCCGUACAAGUACAAGCACCUCCAACAACAGAGUACAAGCCACCUCUCAACUCCACCCCGUACAGUACAGAGUACAAGCCACCUCCCAACUCCACCCCGUACAGAGUACAAGCCACCUCUCAACUCCACCCCGUACAGAGUACAAGCCACCUCCCAACUCCACCCCGUACAGAGUACAAGCCACCUCUCAACUCCACCCCGUACAGAGUACAAGCCACCUCCCAACUCCACCCCGUACAGAGUACAAGCCACCUCUCAACUCCACCCCGUACAGAGUACAAGCCACCUCUCAACUCCACCCCGUACAGAGUACAAGCCACCUCUCAACUCCACCCCGUACAGAGUACAAGCCACCUCUCAACUCCACCCCGUACAGAGUACCACCACUGAGUACAAGCCACCUCUCAACUCCACCCCGUACAGAGUACCACCACUGAGUACAAGCCACGUCCCAACUCCACCCCGUACAGAGUACCACCACUGA